GAUGGGAAGUCGUGGCGGCUGCCAAGCCGAGCCGCUCCUCUUCCUUCAGCGAUAGCGGAGCUGGAGACAGGGCCGCUUCUCGUCCACACGAUGUCCCUGAAGAUUUGGUGAUGGGCUGCUUGGACCCGAGUUGCGACUCCCUCUUCGGGCCCGGUUGUGAGAAGCUGCGCUGUUGCUGCUGUCGGUUCAACUUCUGCAGUCGGCAUCUUCGAGGUCCGUGGCUUCUGGCCCACCAUCGGGGUGAGGGAUAUGCCAAUACGCUGGUGGAGAACUUGGGUGUGCCUGCCAAAGCCGGCCCGAUAUUCUUGUGCUUUGCGUGCCAUGAGCGGAUGCCAUUCCCCCUGCCAAGUGAGCAAAGGGCCACGAACCAGAUUUAUACUUCGCCGCUUCAGCCCUCGGAAGCGGGCUACUUGCCCAGUGAGGUUUUGGCGCUGCGGAAGUUGCCCCUUGCAGGACUGUAUGAGGCGGAGGAGUCCCCACUGAGACGCUCGGCCAAAGCCUUGCUGCUGCGACUGCUGGAACAGCUUCGCGUACGCCUGCGACCAUGGACCGAACCGGAGAGGGAAUGGCUGUGGGGCAUCGCACGG